UAUUUUUAUAUCUUCAAACUAACAUUAAGUCAGUUGUUAGCAAAUGAUAUGCAAAGUUUCUGUUUUGGAGUCAUUCAGGCUUUUUUGAAUGACUCCAACGCUUAGCAGGUAAAGAGUUUGUUUGUACUUUAAAUGCCCUCCUCAGCAGUUCUCCUGGGGCACAACACCAUGAGUCACAUAAUUCCAACAGGGAUCUAAUGUUCACUGUUAUGUUUUCAACUCAGAAACUCCCAUGGAAAGCUUAGCCCGAUGGUCAUGUUGAGGGAACCCAAACCACACUGGCACUCUAAAAGGCAUUGUUAGCAAUGUGUAAGUACGUCGGGGAUGAAUCAUCGAAGCCACAACUAUAUUUAGAACAAUCACCUGCUGGGCUAACUUACAAAACAAACUGACACAACUUUGUAAAUACAGUUGGCCAACAGCUAGGGAAACAGAGAGCUCCUCCCUCAGAUGUGUCCUGUGCUACGGCAGCAGCAGCAGACCCUCAGUUUGGCAUUUCCUUUGACACUCAUUUGAACUAUUGGCCGACAUCCAGGCCAAGUCGGUUCAAUCUUGAGUAAGUGGAGACGUGCCGACGGAAGAGGACACAACGUGAGAUUCGACACGGUGACCGUCUUCCACUUCCCGCGGUGCCAGGGCUUCGUGAGCGUGCCCAGCCAUGGAGGAGCCUCGCUGGGCAUGGUGUGGAACCACAGCGCCCUCCACAGGUACACGCUGGAGGAGCAUGCGGCGGCCCGACAGCGGAGACACCGGGAAAGACUCUUGGAGAGGCUGAGGGAGGACAGGCUGGAGCGCUGGAGAAAUAAAUUGGUAACUAGCGGUGCCCUGGACCGCAGCGAGGCCGACCGGCUCACCGCGGACCAGCUCCCGGGCGGGUACCUGGAGGUCCCCAUGGAGGACCCGGCCCCAGACGGGGGCAUCUGGUCCCUGCAGCCGUACUCCUACAGGCAGAGGCAGGCCCUGCUGCGCGGGGCCGGGGUGAAGCACGUGGACCGGGAGGAGAAGAGGCAGCUGCACUCCCUGCGUCUCUCCCGGGAGGCCUGCGGCUGCGACUGCCGGGGCUUCUGUGAGCCUGAGACCUGCGCCUGCAGCCUGGCCGGCAUCAAAUGCCAGAUGGACCGCUCCAGCUUCCCUUGUGGCUGCUCCAUGGACAGCUGCGGGAACAGUCAGGGGCGCAGCGAGUUCAACCCGGGCCGCGUGAAGACCCACUACCUCCACACUGCCAUGAGGUUGCACCUGGAGGGGAGGCGGCCGCCGGGGGCCGCAAAUAACCACGACGACCAGAGGGAAGUACCCGGGCGUUGCGGCGAAGACGACCGGCGUGGCCGUGUUCCAGAACGGCAGACCCGGGAAGACGGCUGCCCUUUCGGGUUCAGCACCGAGGAGGAGGAGGAGGGCGGUCUCCUGUUCCCCUCCGUGCCCCCCACCACUUCCACAGCCUUCUGCUUAACCCCUGAGCCCUCGGAGCUGGGAGAGGAGGGCAGCAGUGGCGGUGAUACGAUGGAUUCCUCUUCCUCUUCCUCUGAUCUCGACGCGGCUGAGGAAGGCGCUGACGGCACGCCACGCCGUCGAUCCGAGGUCACCGAGGAAACCGGACCCCUGUCCUGUGUCCUCAGCAGGCUGGACCCCCAGCGGACCCACUGCAACGCAACGGAGGAUGACCUUCAGCACAUGAGUAGCACCCGCCCACUUCCUGCCAGCCCCCUCUCCGACCCUGCGUCUCCCCUCGAAGGGGCUCAAACCACUGUGGUCAUGCGCCAAGACGAAGAUUCCCACAGGACCCCUUCCCCUUCUACCUCCUCUACUUCUACGGGGUAUCUGGACGAAAACGCCAACGAGGCCACCGACUUUUUCGGCGAGGACUCUCUGGAAAAAUUCCCAGAUGUAGCCCUCUUCACUGCAAACUCCUCCUGCUCCUCCUCCUCCAACGGUUACGUGGACCUCAGCGUCUCCUCGGAUUCGGACCUUGAGUUCUUCGACAGCGAUUACCUCACCUGCGGUGGCCAACUACACAACUCCUUCAAGGGAGGCGGGUCUCUGGAAGGCCUGAGGCACCUCCAGACCCUGACUUCCAGCAGUCUUCCACAGUACCCGGAGACACCUGUCUGCCUGCUCGAAUCUCUCAUUGGCUCGUCGUCUGAACCAAUCGCGGAAGAUGCACAUAUGGUAACCUUUAGUCAGCUGUUGGAGGUACUGCAGUGAUGCAGGUCUUGUCAGAUGCGUAAUGGCGAUUACUACUGUAUGUUCAUUAUGUAUUGAGGAAUAUGUUUUCUGUUUUGUAUAUUUGUAUGGCUGUUUUGGAGUAUAUUAUCUUUUUCUACAUGAUAUUGAAUACAAUCUUUUUUCUAGAUAUUUUAUAUUUUCUCUAUCUAUCGAUAUCCUAACGUUUUUUUAAUUUAUGAGUAUUUCAUUCUUUGCAUAGAGAUUCUAAUGUGUUAUUUAAUUCCUUCAUGCUUUAAAAGCAUCAUCUUUAUCAGAUUUAUUCAAGGUUUUCAUUUUAUUUAUUUGUUUUAUUUCAUAUUGGGUUGAUAAAUGGCUAAAGAUUGGUCAAAUGGACUAAUGUAAAUACUCAGGAAUUAUCGAAUUAAUCAAAGCGGAGCGAACAUAAAGGCAUUAGGAAAACGAUUUUAUACGCCAUUGUCUGAAAUGCUCCAUCACACAACGGUAAAACACAUUUAAUUUUUUUAUUAAAAUAUUUUCUCCAUAUACACCACUGUACUCUCCUAGCAAAUACUUGUGUGCUAACGCUGUACUUAAUACUGUAUAACAAAUCGGCCAAAUGUUAAGCAUAUUUAUUAUAUUGUAUACCUACCUUUUAUGAGGGAGGACUAUUUUCACAUUGGUCUAACUAGGAUUUCAGUGGAAGGUCCGAUACCCCGGUUAACCACAUUCAUUUUUAAAUAACAUUGAAACACUUCUGCAAGCAGUUAUUUUCAUGUGGUUAUGUAAAUGUCAGAUGAUGCAAAUGUAACAACCAAUGUUUAACACUGGCUGAACAUUAUAAUUGUGCAUUAUUUUUGUCUGCGAAAUAAUUUUAAAUGUGUUUCAGGAUUUACACAAUUAAUAAAAUAUGUAUUUAAGAUUAUGACGGUGUAUGUUUGAAUACAAAUAAAAUUUAUAAUAUUGCCGAAAUAAAGCAAAGCAUAUAUUGGAUCAAAAAUCAUUGCAUAUUUUCUACUGUUCAAUGAUCUUACCUUAUUUAGAUUACUGUGUGGAGGUCUGGGGGACCACUUACAAAAUCUCACUGCUAACAGACAAACAAGCCAUUAGAAUAAUCAAUAAAGCAGGAUAUUAUGAUCACACCAACCUCCUGUUUUUACAUUCCCGUACCAUGAAGUUCAAUGACCUGGUUGACUAUCAAGUGGCCCAAAUCAUGUUUAAAGCAAGAAACCAACUGCUACCAGGUAACAUUCAAAAAAAAUUGGACAGAGAGGGGGGUUAUAACGACUUUAAAAUGUCAAUGCAUCUCAAUUGGUGGUGUGAAACUGUGGAAUGGUAUGAGCACAAAGCCAAAGCAAUGUCCAAACAUGAUCCAGUUUAAAAAAAGGUUCAAAGCAAUGAUUUUCAAAAG